AUGGGAGAACAAGACAAAAAAUCCUCACCAUCCAUCAGACAACUUGGGGGUGUGUUUGUAGAUGAAUGCUCUAUGCAUGGACUCGGACACAUAUUUCAGAGACCUUUCUAUCGCGGGAUGAUCUGGUUUGCUGCAGUAGGUGUGUGCACUAGUUACCUCUUCUAUCUCCUCCACACAGAAUGGGUCAACUAUCAUCGAUACCCGUUCCUGACAAUUUCUUCCGUAAAAAGCGUGUCAAGUAUAAAAUUCCCAGCAGUUACUUUUUGCAAUUUGAGCCCCUAUAACAAAUCAAAGGUAGCAUCAGACCCAAGAGACGAGGUUUAUCACAUGGCAAUCUCAAGACUGAACAACUUAUCUGAGGAAAUCAACUGGAUGGACCCUUACUAUCAAAAGAACGGAUAUUUCGCGCCGAGGACUUUCAAUGACGUAGCAAAUGAAACGCUGGAAGUAAACAGCGUUGUCAAGUACGUCAUGUUUGACGGUGUAAGUGUAAACAUUAAUCAAGACCUGAACAAGAGAAUUUCAACAAACGGUAUGUGCUAUACUUGGAACAGUAAUGGAUCCGCCACCACAAGUUCUACUGGAUCUUCCUUUAACUUCAUAGCUCUUCUCAGCGUGAACAACGAUCAAAAUUACCAAAAUACUGAUUGCAGCAAUGGAUUUAAGGUUGCUGUGCAUGAUCCACUUGAAGACCCGGCAGUGGAGAACAACGGCUUUCUCGUUCCACCUGGAAGAAUAGCUUUAGCAAAACUAUCUAAAACAAGGUAUUCUUACCUCGGAAACCCUUUUAAAGCUUUUGGUGACACUUCCUGUGACGAUAUAAAUUCUCCAGAUUUCCAAAACCCAGUACACCCAGAGCCAUACAGCAUCAAUGCUUGUAAAAGGAGGUGCGAGAGUGACCUCAUGUUUCAGCGCUGUGGAUGCAUUGCUUUAGGGACAAAUGGCGAUCACCCUAUUUGCUCUUUAUACCAAUAUUAUCAGUGCAACUUUAAUACAUCAGAUCAAAACACAAGACGUCCUGACACGUUUUCUUCGUGUGACUGUCCUCAGCCUUGUCGGCAGACGACUUAUGACGCCCAGAUGUCGUAUGCUUUGUACCCGACAGAAGAUACUGCCACGUUUUUGAACAAAAAACUCGGACUUUCAAAAGAAUAUUUCAGUGAAAAUUUCGUUGAACUUCACAUCCACUUUGAUCACCUACAAGUAAGGAGCGUGCAGCAAGUGCCACUGUAUACGUCUUAUCAGGACAUCUUAUCCAGUAUUGGAGGACAGAUGGGGCUGUUGCUGGGAGCCAGUCUUUUGUCACUACUUGAAAUUGUUGAAUUUAUCCUAAACUGUGCAAUUUUCCUUUUGAGAAAGUUUUAUUACAAAGCUCAUAACAACAAAGUGAACAAAGAAAAAAUUUCAGAGGAUGAAAAAGUAAAAAAAUAGAGAAAAGGAUUCAUCAAUGGAAUAUAUUUUAAAGUACUUUUGACAUGCACCUACACUCUAGAUAUGAAUGUGCUACCAAUACCAAAAGGACCCACAGUUCAAUCAUGAUUUUUUCUUGCUUUCAUCACGAAUAAACAAAGUUUUAAAAAAUGCAUCACACAGCAUUAGAACCGACUCUAACACAAAACAUGAAGACUGCUCUGUUUGUACAUGUUUAUUUUUGUCAGAAUAUUGCUCCUACUCUGUGAAAUCUCAUCACAUAGUGAAGUCCCACAGUACACACAAAAUAUAACAGUAACAAUACACAGUCACAUAAUAAAAUCAAGUCCUUCAACAGACCACAAGGUUAGUCACGCAGUGUACAAAUCCAUACACAUCCCCAUCUCCAUGUUUUGAAUGAAUUUUUCUGUUAAAGUUUUGGGUAUUGGACAGAGAAGUCACUCUCUAUUUUACACAGAACUUUCUAUAAAUCACACCCCUCUCCAUCUGAUGUACAGAAUUAAGUAGAUGUUCAAAUAUGGGCAUGCUUAAAGUCGUAUACAAACACCUCUAAGUCACAUUUCAUUCCAUACUUACAAGACUUGAUCUCAGAUGACAUUAAUUUUACAGUUAAAGACAAAUUCAUAAAACACCAGACAUAGGAUGGCAAGCUAUAUAUAUAUAUAGAUACACAAUGAAGCAGAACAUUGCACAUAAGGACCCUGGAAUUUGUUCACUCCACCACAAUAAAUAAUGUCUGUCAAAAAAAAAAAAAAAAA